AUGGAGGAGUGGGAGUAUUUAGAAGGACACAAGGACCUCUACAAGGACGUCAUGAUGGACAAUCAGCAGACUUUGGGUUUUGUGAAGAUUGUAAGGAAGGAAUUUCCCCGGAAUGAGACGAUAUUGAAGCUCACCCUGGAGAUCCUCAGCCUGCUGACUGGAGAGAACUGUACAGGAGUCAUGAAGAAAUCUACCGACAAUGACACCAGAAGGAGAUCUCAUCGUAUGACCACAAGAUCCUCGAGAAUCCAGAAUCCCAUCACCAUCCCCCCACCUCCAUCCCUGAUCCCUACAAGACAGAAGACACAGAAGAUUCUAGAAGUCACCAAGAAGAUGAUGGAGCUGCUGACAGGAGAGGUUCCUAUAAGGUGUCAGGGUGUCACUGUCUAUUUCUCCAUGGAGGGAGUGGGAGUAUUUAGAAGGACACAAGGAUCUCUACAAGGACGUCAUGAUGGACAAUCAGCCGCCCCUCACAUCACCGGAUGGAUCCAGUCAUGGGAACCCACCAGAGAGAUGUCCCCGUCCUCUGUAUUCCCGGGAUUCCACACAGGAAGGUCACACCAUCCCUCA